AUGUAUAAGAACAAUAGUAGUGGCGAAUCUACGAACAAUAGUAAGGGUAACAGGACUCGGUGCUCUCUUAUCGCGAGCAAGGUCUGGACCUUUCGCAUCGAUUACCACAAGGUUAGCUUCAUUGUUUCGUCCUAUAUACUUCGCUGCAAACGAUGUAUAAAGGAAGCAGUUGUCCUCUCCCAUCUGGCUCCAGGUCAUCAGAACAUUCAGUCAUUUAGCAACUCCAAUCCUUCCAAACAUUUCUUGACCAGUUGCCAACCAACUAACCAACCAAACCGUCAACAUGAUGUUCUCCUCCAGGCCCGUCCCUGGUAUUUCGUGCACUGUCAGCAAGCGUGGCGACAUUCCCGGCGGUGGUUGCACCGUCAUGCGGACCGACAUUCCUGGCGGCGGCUGCACCGUCAUGCGUACCGACAUUCCCGGCGGCGGCUGCACUGUUAG